AUGAAGGAUAUCGAUGAUCUAUGGUGCGACAUGAAGCGUAAAAGAUCGAAGUUAUCCUUUGAAAGUGUAAACAAGAUCAAUAUAUUGUUAAUGAAAAUUGCCGGUUUGCUGGCGUUCGAGAGCCGAAGCAUAAACUCCAUAGGAACCACGACCAUCAUCAUUUACGCACACUUUAGCAUCGUAUUCAUCAUAUGCAUGUACAUAUCCACGGCUCUCAUGAACGCGUACAGACGAAUAAUGAAUUUCGAACGAAGCAAUAUUGCCACUUUAUUGGUAGAGUCAGAAAAGCUCUGGGGAAAGUUGCAGGAGGCCGAAAAGCCAAUAAUAAGCUGUCUCUUUCUCACCAAACAUCUUAGGGGUUUCGUCCGGACAAUUGGGACAAUAUCCAUUUGCUACUUGGGAUUCAAUUUCAGCUGGUCCGCUAUGUGCAUUACGAUCACCCAAUUCCACGGUACGACCAACGACACGAGCGCAGCCGUUCGACGUGAGCUUCCCUACUCCUUUGCCCUGGACCUGCAGGACUCGCCGUCCUACGAGAUAAUGUUUAUCGUCCAGAUAAUAACUUCUUUCGGCUACACUUUGGUCGUUGCAGGCUUCGACAUGGCUCCGCCCUAUUUCAUCAUGACGGCUGCUGCUCAUUUCAAAAUGCUCUGCAGUCGAUUCGAAGAGAUGCAAAAGCAGGAUAGACUUCGUAGAGCUGACGAGGCCAUCGAGGAUGUCAUCACGUGUAUAGCGUAUCAUCAGAUGAUUGACAGAUUUUGCAAGGACAUAAGCAAGAUAACGGAGUCGUUUUUUAUGGUCCAGUUGCUCAGCAGCACCUACAACUUGUCGAUACUCUUGUACGCGAUAAUCACGGACAAUCAGAACAAUUUCCAGCUGCUGCCCGUCGUUGGCCUACAAACUCUCCAACUUUUCUCCUGUCACUGGAUAUCCGAGAUCCUCAGGUCCGAAAGUAAACGUUUAAUAAAAAGUACGUUUAUCGUACCAUCGAUGUUUGAAAGAAAUAUGAAAUUAUCAAAAAUAAUACAAAUAGUGAUAUUAAAAUCACAAAAUCCUGUGCAAUUGAGAGCGGGAGGAUAUAUCAACUUGUCGUUAGAAUGUUUUGGCGAAUUGUGA